AUGAAGAAGAGAGAUGCUGGAUCUGAUCAGGAUGGAUCAGAUCAGGAUGACGUCCAGUACGCCACCGUUACUCACAGCAGAUCCAGACCUGUAGAGACUGCAGGUGAUGCUUCCUCUGGAGCUCCUGAUCAUGAUGAUGAUGUUCAGUACGCUACAGUUAGGACUGGUAGAAAACCUGAUGUUGUGAUCAGAUCUGACCAGCAGGAGGAGCUCCAAGUCACACUGAAGUUUUGGGUCAUAGAUCCAGUUCCAAAGCAAGAUCCACCUGAUCUGACAACAGUCGCAGGUUACUCAGGCAGGGUUGAGUAUUUAGUUGAUAAAAUAAAUCAUUUCACCCUCAAACUGAGUAACGUAAUGAAGAAGGAUGAACAUAAGUACUGCUUCAGAGUCUUAACAGAUGUAGAAGGUCAGAAAUGGAUGGGAACACCUGGAAUAAAACUCAGAGUUACAGAGCUCCAUGUAGAAUCUACUGGAGAAGUAACAGAAGGAGAAUCAGCAGUUCUGACGUGUAAAACCACCUGCAGUCUGACUGAUCCAACAUUCAUCUGGUACAAAGAUGGACGUCCUUUAACCACAGAGAUGAUCCAGAAGAAUCAGCAGCUCCACCUGCAGACAGUCAGCAGUGAGGAUGCAGGCAGUUAUAGCUGUGCUGUAAGAGGAUCUGAACAUCUCCCCUCUACUGCUCAAACUCUCAGAGUCAGACAUCCUCCAAAGAGCGUCUCAGUGUCCAUCAGUCCCUCUGGUGGAAUAGUGGAGGGAAGUUCAGUGACUCUGACCUGCAGCAGUGAUGGAGACCCACCUGUGGAGAUCUACACCUGGUUUAAAGAAGGUGGAGACUCACCUGUAGGAUCUGGACAGAGUUUCAGCAUCAUCAGCAUCACUGUUAAUCACACUGGACUGUACUACUGUGAAGCUCAGAAUGCAGUUGGAGUUCAGAAAGGAUCUGUGAUGAUUGGUGUUCAGAGUAGGUGGAUGAAGAAAAGAGCUGCUGGAUCUGAAGGUACUGGAUCAAAUCAGGCUGCUCAGGCCAGGUCUACUGACGACACCUAUGAAGCUCUGGACCCUCAGACCCUCUAG